GGAGCCAGCGUGAGGCGAGAACGGGCCAAUCACAAUCGAGGAUUUGGGCACCAAUUUAAAAAAAGCGAGCAGCGGACGCUUCCUCGUUUUGUUACCUGGCGAAGAAACGUUUGGUUUGUUUACAUCGGUAACAAAUCACCGGAGCCGGUAAAUGAAGAGACUAACUCGGGCAGUCACCGGGUUAAAGUUGAUGUUGAACUAACGUCGAGUGUAUCCUAGCAACGGCCGGUUUAUAGUAGCUAACGUUAAGUCACGUAACUUACCGUUAAGAUGCCGUCCCGUGUGGAGGACUACGAGGUGCUGUACACGAUAGGCUCCGGUUCUUACGGAAAGUGCCAGAAAAUAAGGCGGAAAUCUGACGGGAAAAUCCUCGUGUGGAAGGAGCUGGAUUACGGCACCAUGGCGGAGAGCGAGAAGCAGAUGUUGGUGUCGGAGGUGAACCUCCUGAGGGAGCUCAAGCACCCGAACAUAGUGCGGUACUACGACCGCAUCAUAGACCGGGGCAACGCCACGCUGUACAUCGUCAUGGAGCACUGCGAGGGCGGGGACCUGUCCAGUCUCAUCACCCGAUGCAUCAGUGAAAGGCGUUAUUUAGAGGAGAAGUUCGUCCUGCGAGUCAUGGCACAGCUCACAUUGGCCCUGAAGGAGUGCCACAGGCGCAGUGAUGGCAGGGCCACGGUUCUUCAUCGAGACCUGAAACCAGCCAACAUCUUCCUCGACAUCAGACAGAACGUGAAGCUCGGAGACUUUGGCCUGGCGAGGAUCCUGAACCAUGACACCAGUUUUGCAAAGACCUUUGUGGGGACACCUUACUACAUGUCUCCGGAACAAAUAAACCGGAUGUCUUACAACGAGAAGUCCGAUAUUUGGUCACUGGGAUGUUUGCUGUAUGAGCUCUGUUCGUUAUCCCCUCCGUUUACUGCAUACAACCAGAAAGAGCUGGCAGAGAAGAUCAGAGAGGGGAAGUACCGAAGAAUCCCGUACCGAUACUCUGACGAGCUGAACACCUUGCUCAGCAGAAUGCUCAACUUGAAGGACUAUCUGAGGCCCUCCGUGGAGGCUAUUAUCCAGAGCAGCCUGUUGGCUGACGCUGUCGCCGAGGAGCAGAGGAGGGCACAGGCGCGACUCCGCAGGAAGUCGGCGGACUCCGACUGCCCCCUUCACAAGCCCGCGGAGCCAACGCCGCCCUCGGCCGCAGAGCUCAGACUCCGGGAGCAGGCACUGCGAGACAGAGAGAAGGCGCUGAAGGAACGCGAGGAGAGGCUGGAGCAACGAGAGCAGGAGCUCUGUGUUCGUGAGCGACUGUCGAAUGAGAAGCUUGCCAGAGCCGAGGGUCUGCUGAGGAAUUACAACCGUCUGCAGCAGCAGAGGAACCUGUCGCCGUUCUGCGGCAAAGAUCUAGAUGAGGAGAGCCUCUCUCCCGGCAAGAAGAAGGUCCACUUUGCCGGUGAGAGCAAAGAGAACCGGCGUCCCGAAAGUCGGCAGGGUGCGACGUCCCAGGAGCUGAUUUUGAGGAGGCUGCAAGUGGCCAAUCUGCGCGCUCAGACACUGAAUGAAGUGGAGAAGAGCUGUCAGUUCAAGAGCAAGCAGAUACUCGGCAUCCGCUGAUCAUAUAGACAUCACUGUCUGAUUUGUGACUGAAUGUGAAAGCUGUGAAAGAAGUCGUAAUAACUGGAUGUAAAUAGUUUUAUUUAUGUGAUAACUUAGCAGCUAAAUUAUUCAAUCCAGUGUUUUGUUAUAUUUCAAACUUUGUAGUGUCAGUUUGUGUAAUUUGAUGUGAAUGUGCUGUAUAUUCUUGCUUUAUGUGUGAGUCAGUUUUGUGUCAGACUGUGGUAAUGGAGAUAAAAGGGCAGCUUCUUUGAUGACUUAGAUCUGUAACAAUGCAAGAAGUUAUAAAAACUUCAAUCAUCCUGAAUAAAAAAAUGUUUCCAAAGAUGCUCAGUAUGCAUAAAUAUCUGAUAUAUACAGUAUUUAUAGUUUGGUUAGAUGUGUAACAUCACAAAUGUAUAUUAAAAGGAUUUUAGGGAACUCCUCUGUAGUGACUCAAAACAAU